UCAAGUACGUAUCAUAAACUUAGUUGAGUUAAUAAGAAAUGGCUGCUCCUACUACACCCACAACCGUCACGCUUAGAAAUUCUAGUGGCGACACCGCAAUGUUGGUUUCGUCGACCUAUGGAGGCGUUCCUAAGGCGAUUCAGAGCGGCGGAGAAUCAUCUGAAUUCCAACAGGAUACAUCGCUCAAUAGUUUCGGAUCUGUCGUGUAUGCUAUCGGAAAUAUAGCCACUUGGGUCGUUGUUUGGACCGCUAAUAAUCAAGUCGCUAUCUCGAUCCUUCCUGCUGGCGCCCCUAUUGUUUGGACAGAUAUCUGGGACAAGAUUCAACGCGACAAUGCCCAUGAUUCGUACACCACCAGCUACGGUUGGAAAUACGAUUCAGCUGCGCGCAUCGAGUCGAAUGGUGAUGCUCAAGUCUUGAUAGCCUCGAUCGUUGCUCUUCCACCAAAUUAAGCUGGCUCUUUGCUGGGCUUGUUUACUCUUUGCAUAUCUAGGCAAUCCCUGGAGUGGUGGUGAGGCUGUCAAAAGUAAACCAAAUACUGUACUUGUUUACACCA